AUGGAUGGCACAAAGAAAGAGGCAGUCAUCGUCGGUGGUUCCCUGAGCGGACUCAUGAACGCGAUCGUACUCCGAAGAGAAGGAUACAAAGUCCAGGUCCUCGAGCGGAGUCACCCUUCCAAACUUAUCAGUGAGGCCGCAGGCCUCGGCGUGGGUCCCAACGUGCAUACCUUCAUGGAAACUUACGUUAAGAGACCUGACGACUAUGGGAUCGUACUCACUGACAUAGAGAUCUGGGAUGAGAAUGCGCAACUCUCGGCUAAAGUGCCACUUCCAUACACCAUGCGCAUGACUAAUUGGAGGACCAUGUAUGAUAUGCUCAAGAAUGCCUUGCUGGACGAUGACCCGGACUUGGCAGCUGCGGUCUACAAGACGCACGUUGAAGUCACCGAUGUGCGUGAGGAAAACGCUGGAGUAUCGGUCAGUUACCGAGACCUUGGCACAGGCAGCGAAGGUGUUCUGCGCGCCGAUCUCGUCAUCGCUGCCGAUGGCGCCAAUUCCAGCAUUCGCAGAAAGGUCUGGCAACCCGAAUCGCCUGCCUACGCUGGAUAUAGCCUUUGGCGUGGGCGCAUUUCCGACCAGCUCGUCAGCGAAGAAACGAAAGAAGCAUUGCAAGGCAAAACUGUCAUCCAAAAGCUACGAAAUGGAUACAUGCUCUCUUAUUUCGUCCCCGCGGAACUUACAGAAGGGAAACAAGAUCCUCGGCAUAGAUUUGACCUCUUCUGGGCUUUCUAUGAUAUUCUUGCCGAGGACUCCCCUCGGUUUCAACAGACGAUGACUGAUACCGAUGGCAAGCUUCACCGCAACGCGAUCCCGAGUGGCAAAAUCCAACCUCAGGUCUGGCAGGAAGCUUCCAGUCGCGUCAAGGAACAGGCAUGUUGGUUUUACGCCGAGCUUAUGGACAAGUCGCAUCAGCUCUAUGUCUCGGCCAUCAGAGAUUUCCCUAACACAAAGGCAGUAUUCUGCGAUGGAAAGGUCAUACUUGCCGGGGACGCUAUGUCACAGUGUCGACCUCAUGCGGGCGGUGCGACGAAUGAGCAUGCGUUCCAGGCGAUGGAACUUGCGAAGGUCUUGAGAGGUGAGAGUACGCUUGAGGAGUGGGAGAAGCUGUGUUUGGACAGCGCUGCAAAGGCAAGGGCGCUGGCUAUUGCGACGGGGAAGAGGUUUCUGCCUGAGGGAGCGAUAGCUGAUUCAUAG